CUGGAACGACGCUUAUAGUGCGCGAACGUCCAAAGAGAACCCAACCUAUGAACCAUCGGCGGCACAUAACCUCAAAUACUCGCAGCUCACAGUAUGAAAAUAUUCAAUAUAUUGUUAAAGUAAUAACAUUUCUAUUCCUACAAAUGCGGAAUAUUCGACAUGACGAAAAAUAUAGUGAAGUGAACACAACAGAUUUCAUUGUUGACAUGCAAAAUAUGCGAAGAAUAAUUUGUUUCUAACAGUGUAUUGUAAUUGUUAAUUAUUUGUCAAAGAGGACCAAAUGGCACCGUUAACAGAUCUACUCUCUUGUAGUAUAAUAGAGAAGGACUGCAACGGAGACGUCUUGUGGACAUGGUCGUAUCCGGCGGUGACGGAAUCUCAGAAGACAGUAGUUACAAGAAAGUGCAAUUUGAAAUUAGAGCACAACUCUCCUCAUGUAUUCGUAUGCGCCCGGCAUGGCCACGACUGGUUUUACAUACAUUGCAGUGAAGUUUUUGAUUCUGAUAAAUUACCGAAAGUGAAACAGUUUGCGUUGGUUCUGUUCGCGAAGGAUUUUAAUCCGCAGAAAUAUGAAGUACUUUCGCGAGUCCUCAGCAAGAUGUAUUGCAAGACCGGGAAGCCGACGGAAAUUUUGCAACUCUACCUUUCCGUAUUCACGAAAGGAUCAUGCUCAACACAGGAGAACGGAACUUUCGUCUCCGAUGACUUCAAUACUCAUCGUUUUGCUGCUAACACCAAUGUCCGAGAACUAAUCAAAACGUUCGAAUUAGAGACUAUUUUGAUAUACACCGCUCUCUUGCUGAAGAGAAGAAUUGUCAUAUAUCAUCAUAGCUUGGAGCAACUUCUCAAAUGGAUCAAAACAUUUCCCACGUUGAUGAGGCACAGGAAGGUCACCGAUAAUCUUUUUCCUUGGGUCGAUUUGGUGAACGACGAAAUAACCGAGUUAAAGAGGUAUUCAUAUUAUGUGGCAGGCUGUAGCAAUAGCUCGAUAUCUUCAAGAACAGAUCUGUACGAUCUGCUCGUGAAUAUCCCCGCCAGAGAAAUUACUGUGGCUUCGCAUGCAAAAGAAAGUCUUACAAUGACGAAGACUCAUAAGGAGAUAGCCUUGUUCAUGGUACAGCUGUGCGAAAAUCAAAAUUAUACGGAAGCACAGAUUAUAUCUGAGAUAAGUGACAAAACGCAAGAUCUAUUGAAUCAACUGACUUUAUUGGCGACGGUGCAGGCUCCGGAUGGCAAAAAGAUGAUUUCUGUCGAAAUAUUCAAGGAGAAAAACUUAGCGCCAGCUGUAGAAAGUUUCCUCAUUAAUUUGGCCGUUGCGGAAAAUCUAUUUAUGUUAUGAUACGUAACGCGUCUAUUUGCAUAUGCACUUGAUCACUUGUAUAUUAAGCGAGAACUUAGGUCUAGUCGAUACAAAAAUUGUGUAUAUUACUUGUAAUCAUGUCAUCUCUCUGAUAUAUAUUUGAGAAGAAAUAUACACGAAAGAACAUAA